AAAAAAUGGCAUCAAGAGGAUUCAAACCAGAUGAUUACCAACAAGGAAAUAAUUCCGGUCCAAUGCAAGUAACAUUCGCAAGAAGAACAUCAUCAGGUCGAUACAUAAGCUACUCACGUGAAUCAAACGAUCUCGACAGUGAAAUCGGCAGUGAGUAUCUAAAUUACACAGUUCAAAUCCCAUCAACACCCGACAAUCAACCAAUGGAUCCAUCAAUAAGCCAACGAGUAGAAGAACAAUACGUCUCAAAUUCCCUAUUCACCGGCGGUUUCAACAGCGUGACUCGAGCCCAUUUGAUGGAUAAAGUGAUCGAGAACGACUCGAGCCACCCACAAAUGGCUGGCGCAAAGGGUUCAUCAUCAUGUGCGAUUCCGGGUUGUGAUGGGAAGGUUAUGAGAGAUGAAAGGGGUGAAGAUAUAUUACCAUGUGAAUGUGAUUUUAAAAUUUGUAGAGAUUGUUAUAUUGAUGCUGUUAAAACAGGAGAUUCUAAAUGUCAUGGAUGUAAAGAGGCUUAUAAAGAGACUGAUUUGGAUGAGAAGGCUGUUGUUGAUCAUGGUCGGCCGUUGACUUUGCCGGCGCCGGCGUUGCCGCCGAGUGGGAAGAGGAUGUCGAUUAUGAGGUCGACUAAGUCGGGGUUGAUGAGAAGUCAAACGGGGGAUUUUGAUCAUAAUAGAUGGCUUUUUGAAACUAAAGGGACUUAUGGAUAUGGUAAUGCUAUUUGGCCUAAAGAAAGAGGGUAUGGAAAUGAUGAUGAAAAUGAUGGUGGUGGUGGCGGCGGCGCCGGCGGUGGUGGUGGUGGGCCGUCGGAGCUUUUGACUAAACCGUGGAGACCACUUACUAGGAAGUUGAAGAUUCCGGCGGCUAUUUUGAGUCCUUAUAGGCUACUGAUCUUCAUUCGGAUCGCAGUUCUAGCAUUAUUUCUCGAAUGGCGAAUCCGUCACCCAAACAAAGACGCACCAUGGCUCUGGCUCAUGUCAAUUAUUUGCGAAAUUUGGUUCGCAUUCUCAUGGUUACUCGAUCAACUCCCAAAAUUCUGUCCAAUUAAUCGAGCCACCGAUCUUACAGUUCUAAAAGAAAAAUUCGAAACUCCGAGCGCGUCCAACCCCACGGGAAAAUCUGAUCUUCCCGGGGUUGACGUCUUCGUCUCAACUGCCGACCCCGACAAGGAACCGCCUCUAGUCACUGCCAAUACCAUUCUCUCAAUUCUCGCAGCCGAAUAUCCUGUCGAGAAACUCGCUUGUUAUGUUUCCGACGACGGAGGCGCUCUUCUUACGUUCGAGGCAAUGGCUGAAGCCGCGAGUUUUGCCAAUUUAUGGGUCCCCUUUUGUCGAAAACAUAACAUUGAGCCGAGGAAUCCUGAUUCUUACUUCAAUUUAAAGAGGGAUCCUUAUAAGAAUAAAGUGAAAACAGAUUUUGUCAAGGACCGGAGACGUGUUAAAAGAGAGUACGAUGAGUUUAAGGUAAGGAUUAAUGGUCUUCCUGAUUCCAUCAGGCGAAGAUCGGAUGCUUAUAAUGCGCGUGAAGAGAUUAAGGCUAUGAAAUUGCAAAGAGAGAAUGCAGGGGACGAGGUUCUCGAGGGUGUUAAGGUUAUCAAGGCGACGUGGAUGGCCGAUGGAACUCACUGGCCCGGGACCUGGAUCGUUUCCGGGCCAGAACAUUCCAAGGGUGACCAUGCCGGUAUUAUUCAAGUCAUGUUGAAGCCUCCGAGUGACGAACCGUUAAAGGGCCCGACGAAUGAAUCGUGUGCGAUUGACACUAGGGAAGUCGAUAUACGACUUCCCCUCUUGGUUUAUGUUUCGCGUGAAAAAAGAUCAGGUUAUGAUCAUAACAAGAAGGCGGGGGCGAUGAACGCGCUUGUUCGAGCUUCGGCGGUUAUGUCGAAUGGCGCAUUUAUCUUGAACCUUGAUUGUGAUCAUUAUAUUUACAAUUCGCAAGCUAUGAGGGAAGGGAUGUGUUUCAUGAUGGACCGGGGUGGGGAUCGUCUUUGUUAUGUUCAAUUUCCGCAAAGGUUUGAAGGGAUUGAUCCUUCGGAUCGUUACGCGAAUCAUAAUACCGUGUUUUUCGAUGUCAACAUGCGUGCGCUUGACGGUCUACAAGGUCCGGUUUAUGUCGGGACGGGAUGUCUUUUUCGAAGGGUCGCACUAUAUGGUUUCGAUCCUCCUCGGUCGAAGGAAUACCAUCAAGGUUUUUGUAGUUGUUGCAAUCCCCGUCGUAAAAGAGUCGCUUCGUCGUCGGAAGAAAACCGAGCCCUUCGAAUGGGGGAAUCCGACGACGAAGAGAUGAAUAUUUCCUCGUUCCCGAGAAAAUUCGGGAACUCGUCGUUAUUUGUCGAUUCCAUACCCGUGGCGGAAUUUCAGGGUCGGCCACUGGCAGACCAUCCUUCAAUAAAACAUGGUCGGCCUCCCGGGGCUCUGACAAUCCCCAGGGACCUCCUCGACGCGUCAACCGUCGCGGAGGCGAUCAGCGUGAUAUCGUGUUGGUACGAAGAGAAGACCGAAUGGGGUAACCGAGUCGGAUGGAUUUACGGUUCUGUGACCGAAGAUGUCGUGACAGGUUAUCGUAUGCAUAACCGUGGAUGGAAAUCAGUUUAUUGUGUGACUAAACGAGACGCGUUUCGAGGAACCGCGCCGAUUAAUCUCACGGAUCGUCUCCACCAAGUCCUGCGAUGGGCGACCGGUUCGGUCGAGAUAUUCUUCUCUCGAAACAACGCGUUUCUCGCGAGUCCAAAGAUGAAGAUAUUGCAAAGGAUUGCUUACCUUAACGUCGGUAUUUACCCAUUCACAUCCAUUUUUUUACUCGUAUAUUGUUUCCUCCCGGCUCUUUCCCUUUUCUCGGGUCAAUUCAUCGUGCAAACUCUAAACGUAGCGUUUUUAACUUACCUAUUGAUCAUCUCAUUGACUCUAUGCAUGCUCGCCAUUCUCGAGAUCAAAUGGUCGGGAAUUACACUCGAAGAAUGGUGGAGAAAUGAACAAUUUUGGUUAAUUGGAGGAACUAGUGCUCAUCUAGCCGCGGUUAUACAAGGUCUACUCAAGGUUCUAGCCGGUAUCGAGAUUUCAUUUACAUUGACAUCAAAAUCGGGAGGUGAUGAAGACGACGAAUUCGCCGAUCUUUAUGUAAUCAAAUGGACAUCCCUUAUGAUCCCGCCAAUUGUGAUAAUGAUCGUGAAUUUGAUUGCUAUAGCCGUUGGAUUUAGUCGAACAAUUUAUAGUACAAUACCACAAUGGAGUCGUCUACUUGGUGGUGUUUUCUUUAGCUUUUGGGUGUUGGCACAUCUUUAUCCUUUCGCUAAAGGGCUUAUGGGUAGACGCGGAAGAACGCCUACGAUCGUGUUUGUAUGGUCGGGAUUGAUCGCGAUUAUUAUAUCGCUUCUUUGGGUCUCGAUCAAUCCUCCUACGGGUAAUACUACUAUCGGAGGAUCUUUCACAUUUCCUUGAUUAUUCCAAUUUUUAUUUUUUUUGAGUUACAAUUUAUAUUUUUUUUAUGUAAGAACUUGAUAUUUAUGUUCAUUUGUUUCAUUAUUUACUACAUGCAUUAAUACAAAGACAAUACUUAUAUCAUAGU